AUGGCUGACGGAAGUGAAUUAAAUCAAUACAGGAUAGUAGGAUCUGUUGAAAGUGAACACAAAACAGUGUAUAAAAUAGAAGAUGGCAAAAAGUGGCGACAAUUCUUAGCUGCUACGAAUUUAAGUUCAGUAGCUUUGGGAACAACAUUGGGAUGGACAUCACCAGGUCUUCCAAAACUUUUAGAUGAAACUCACUCCGACUCUCCUUUAUAUUUUAUCCCUUCAAAAGAUGAAAUAUCUUGGAUCGGCAGUUUAUUAGCUGUUGGUGCACUUUUCGCGCCUUUCGUUGCGGGACCAUUAACUGAUAUUAUUGGAAGAAAGUGGACGCUUCUUAGUAGUUCAAUAUUCUUUAUAUUAUCAUACAUUCUUCUUAUUCUAACUUGUAAUGUUCCUCAAAUAUAUGUUGCGCGAUUGCUUCAAGGCUUUGGAGUUGGUUUUGUAAUGACAGCGCAAACAAUGUACAUCGGAGAAAUAUCAUCAACUGAUUGUCGUGGUUCUUUGGGAAGUUUAAUGCAAAUUGGAAUCGUAGUUGGGAUUCUCUAUGUCUAUAGUAUUGGACCUUAUGUAGGCUACAUUGCGUUCCAAUUUUUUUGUCUCAUUAUUCCGAUUGUUUUUGUUGUGACAUUUUACUUUAUGCCCGACUCUCCCCACUUCUAUAUAUCCAAAGGCAGAAAAGAAGAUGCACUGAACUCAUUGAAAUUUUUAAGAGGAAAGUCAUCAGAAGGAGUUCAAGAAGAGAUUGAUUCAAUUCAAGAGUCGGUAGAAAAAUCGAUGAAAAACAAAGGAAGUAAAAAUAUUAAUGAAAAAAUUACCAAAAAUCUUGCUUUGCUUUCGUUCAUAGCACUUAUUAUCACGGUUGGUCUAGUAACGUUCCAACAAUUUUCUGGCAUCAACGCUGUUCUUUUCUACGGUCAAUCGAUUUUCGAGUCAGCAGGAAGUUCAAUGGAUCCCGCUAUUGCUACAAUAACUAUUGGUAUUGUCCAGGUUCUUGCAUCAUGUUGCACACCUUUAGUUGUUGACCGACUUGGACGAAAAAUAAUUUUGCUGGUUUCAUCUGCGGGCAUGGCGAUCGGUUUGGGGCUCCUUGGAUUUUUUUUCUUUUUAGAUCAUCAAGGAUCUGAUGUUACCAAUAUUUCAUGGCUUCCAAUUACGUCAUUGAUUGGAAUUGUAAUUAUUUAUUCUGUUGGGUUUGGUCCCCUGCCAUGGGUUGUAUUUGGUGAAAUGUUUCCACCAAAUGUCAAAUCAACAGCAAGUUCCAUCGUAACUUCUGUUUGCUGGAUAUUCGGUUUUGCAGUAACAAAAUGGUUUUCAGCGCUUCAAGAUUCUAUUGGAAGUUAUGGAGCAUUUUGGCUUUUUGGAGUUUGUUGCUGUUUUGCAUUCUUCUUCACGCUUUCUUUAGUGAUGGAGACUAAGGGUAUGAGUUUGCAGCAGAUUCAAGAUAAACUUAAUGGACGUUGAUUGACAUUGAAUCGAAGACUUUAAAUGUUUGUUUAUUAAAACAAAAUAAAAUUUAACGAACUUACAUAUUCUAAAC